AAUAUUAGUGUUCUGUGGGCAGAUUAUUGAUUUUUCAGUUUUAAAUUUUCAUAUAAUUCAGGUUUCUGACAGAUUCGACGGCAGACUCAUUUCCUUGUUUUCAAUUAUUAAUAAACAAGCUUACACAAUGAGAAGGAUGAAUUGUAACACCAUAACGCCCGAGGAAUUUGUAUACGCUGCAAGAGAUUUUAUUGAGUUAUCUAAUAAAUAUUUCGAUAGCUGGACUAUUCACCAAAACGACAAUGAAAUAUUGAACACAUACAUUAAAAAAGAAGAAUUUGUUAGUCAUCGAGAUGAGAAUGACAAAAUAUUUUUGUAUAGAGCUGAAUAUAUUAUUUUUUAUAAUCUCAGCUACGGAGUCCCGUCGUUUAGUUUCAAUCUUUGGGACUGUUCUGGAAAAUUGUUGACUUUGGAGCAAGUAAGGGAGAUUUCGCUUAUGAAGAUCAGUAAAGAAGAUUUCUACUCCGUUGUGACACAGCAAGAACACCCAGUCAUGUAUCGGCCAUAUUUCAUCAUUCACCCCUGUCACACGGCCAAAAUUGUAUCUGCUUUUAGAUACACAUCAAGAAACCUUAUAAUCACGUUUUUGGGUCUUAUAACACCAUUGAUUCAGUUAAAUUUGCCCUUGGAGUAUGGUUUAUGACUAAAGAAACCCACCUAAAUGCUCAUAAAAAUCUUUCAGAUAUACCCUAACCUUGUUUGGUUUGAUAGUCUUUUGAUCCUUAUAAGAAAAAGGAUAGAUUGAAAACAUAGAGGCAGCUAAUUGUCUGUUCUAAAUGACUUUACGAAUGGUUUGAAGAUUUAUAAACAUUAAAACCAUUUGUAACUUUGCCCCUUUUAAAAAUAUUUUGGCCAACUAUAAUGUUGAAGGUACUUAUAAAAACUUGUCAAAUUGUUUACCUAACACAACUCUAUAUAUAUAAUUGUGAAAUAGAACUUCAUGUUAAACUAGUCAUGUGAAUUAACAAAAAUUAUUCCAAAGGAACUAUUUCAUAUAGUUCAAACCUCUAUGUGGCAUUUACUCAUUGAAUUUUUUUUUUUUAAUAACCUUAAAGUUAAUCAAUAUGUCCCUAAUAGACCCAUUGACGAGUAAGGCCCCACAGCACUUAGAUGUUAUUCUAAGUCUAUCUAAUAAUUUCUACAGUACAUAAAGGUAUAAUCCUUUUAUUUUGCUUCACCAUUGUAUUUUAGAUCAAUUCAUCAGCUUUCAUGGUUAUAUAGUUUAUAAAACAGUUUAUUUAUGUGGCAUAGUUCUCAUGAUUAAUUUCUUGUCAUUAAUGAAAUUAUUUUCAAUGUACAUCAAUAUACUCUUAUUAAUAGUAUAACAUUUGACUAGAAUGGUACAUAAAAUGUAUAAUAAUUAUACUAUUGAAGUAUACUAUUGGUGUAGUAUGAUCUCAAUAUAUGUAUGUAUAAUGCUGUAUUGAAUAUCUUAGUCAAUAAUAAAUAUAAUUUAGAUAUAUUAAUAUAGGAAAUUCUAUAUAUUAUGCUAGUAAAUAAAAAUAUUUACAUAUAUGAUAAUUGUAAUUUAAGCAGAUGGUUUUUCCAUUUUUUAAGUUUAUAUAUGUUUAUUUUUAAAUCUUAUUAAAAUACCAUUUGUUUAUAAAUUUACGGU